AUGGAGUCUGGAGCUUUGAUUCUUUCACCAAGGCUUUCCCAUUCAUUUGGAAGAAACCAUGCUUGUGAAACAUCAACUCACAGCUCCUCUCAAGUUUCCAGGACACAGACCACGUUGCUCGCUACUCUAGCCCAUGUCCACACACCAGACAGAGAGCUCAUCGAGCCGGCCUUCCUGUACCACUACUCCCAAACACGUGUGGUUUCACCCACCACCUGCAUCCCCACGGUAAAAACACAUCCCUCAACAUACCGCAGCACACAAAACGAGAGAGGUACAGAUUUUUCUAGCUGCCUCCAAGUGAAUUCAUCAAAAUUACGCCAUCCUUCCGAGAGAAGUAUUAUUGUAGAUUAUAAUAAAAGUAUAUCCACUGGGUUCGCAGAGCCAGCAAGCUCCAAACUACGACUAAGAACUGCCUUCAACUCCUUCCGCCUAAAGCUGCCAGGCACUGCCCAUCUGCCCGUGCUUUCAUCCCCAGCCCGUCAGAAGCACCCAGGCCUUGCGGACCUUCUCCCCGACACCGGGGCCGUGCCGCCGCUCCCCCCACCCAGCCCGCCGGUAGCGCGGGCCCGGCCCGGCGCUCCCCAGGGCCCGGCCCAUGCACGUGCGCGAGCCCGCCGGCCGCCGGCACACGCCGGACACUCCGGUGCCACCCAGGCGAGGCCGAGCCGCCGGCUCGCCCGCCACAGGGCCGUGCGUGGCCUGGGCCGUGUCAGCGCGGCCCCGGCCCUCCCUUCUCCGGCGGCGGCAGGGAGGCGGCGGCCGGGCCUCGCUGCGCCCGCUCGCUCCCCGGGGGCGCACCCGCCGCACGCCGCGUUCGCCGCGCCCCCCCGGCGCCGCAGCCCCGGCCCGCCCGCUCAGCCCCUUCCCCCGCUUUACCCCGGCCGCUCUACCUGCGUGCCCCGCGUCCCCCGGCACCCGGCGGCGCUGCGGGGCCCGGCGCGGGUGCGGGCGGUGCUGGCUCGGACUCAGGUGCGCGCCGCCCCGCGCAGGCCGCCGCCGGCCGCCGCCGCCGCCCGGUCGCGCACUCGGAGCGCCGCCAGCAGCGCGGACAUGUUGGAGCCGCCGUCCCCCCCGCCCGCGUCACCGCGCUCGGAGAGGCGGGCGGGGCCGGGCUCAGCCCGCCCGCCCCGGCCCGCCGCCCAUUGGCCGCCGGCCCCGUCGGCACAGCCCUUCCUCACUGUCAUUGGCAGAUGCGCUCGCCGCUCACGCGCAGGCCCCGCCGAAAAGCUUUCCUCUGAUUGGGUCUCCCUCGUCUGCUUUGGUAACUAUUGGCUGCAGCUCUCAUCAGUCAAGACGACAGCGCACGGACUCCGUCUUUCUCCGCACUUUUUUUUUUCCGGCCUCGCAGCCUCGGCAGGACUGACGGAAGCGGCUGUCAGCGAGCGCCCUCGCCCCUCCCAGCCUCCGUCCCGCCGCCCCAUCCCCUCCCUCCCGGCGGCACGGUUUGCCUUCAGGCCAUUGGCUCCCGGCGCCGCCACUCCCGCGGCCUCUCUCGCCCCGGCCGCCGCUUCGCCAAGGGGGCGCGAACCGACCCGCGGGUGCCUUAUCCUGAUUGGCCGCUGCCCCUGCCAAUCAAGCGCGGCCGGCGGGGCAGCCGAGCGCGGUGCGGCCCGCGCCCCGAGCCGCUCCGCACGGCGAUUGGUCGCGGGGCGGGCGAGAGGCGCGCGACCUCCCCCGUGCCCCACGGGGGGCCGUGGGGAGUACCCGUAUGUGCGCGCGAUUACAUCACCGCCAGCCAAUCAGGGCGCGCGGGGGCAGGCGUCCCGCCCGAGGGGGCGGGGCCUGGCCGCCCCGGCGGGACCCGCUGCGCCUCGUACGGCGCCGCUCGGGGUGCCGGGGCUGCAAAGAGCGGGGCUGGAGCAGGUUCCUCGCUCCUCUGCCUUCCCCUCUGCCCGCGGGGAUCGAGCGCCGUGUCCCGGCUCAGGGGACGGAGGGUCCGCGGUCCCGCUCGUGUGGGUGCCCGAGUGA